CGAGGCAGAGCAGAGAGGAGUCGCUGCUUUGAAUGACCACAGAGCUUGUAGUGAGGAUACAGAGAAAAAGGCGCCGACAUGAAGGAGAAAUCCAAAACGGCCGCAAGGACUAGACGGGAAAAGGAGAACAGCGAAUUUUACGAGCUGGCCAAAAUGCUGCCUUUACCGUCGGCCAUCACCUCCCAGCUCGACAAGGCGUCCAUAAUCAGACUGACGACCAGUUACCUGAAGAUGAGGAUCGUUUUCCCUCAGGGUCUGGGUGAAGCCUGGGGUCAUGCAAGUCGAACAAGAUCUCUGGACAAUAUUGGUCGAGAGCUUGGAUCUCAUUUACUACAGACUUUGGACGGAUUCAUCUUCGUCGUGGCCCCAGAUGGGAAGAUCAUGUACAUUUCAGAGACGGCGUCGGUGCAUCUCGGACUGUCUCAGGUAGAGUUGACCGGGAACAGUAUUUAUGAAUACGUUCAUCCCGCCGACCACGACGAGAUGACGGCUGUCCUCACGCCACACCAGCCCUACCACUCGCAUUUCGUACAAGAAUAUGAAAUGGAGCGCUCCUUCUUCUUGCGGAUGAAAUGUGUGCUGGCAAAAAGAAACGCGGGACUCACCAGUGGUGGCUACAAGGUGAUUCACUGCAGUGGCUACCUGAAGAUCCGUCAGUACAGUCUGGACAUGUCCCCCUUCGAGGGCUGCUACCAGAACGUGGGCCUGGUGGCUGUGGGUCACUCUCUACCGCCCAGCGCCGUGACCGAGAUCAAACUGCACAGCAACAUGUUCAUGUUCAGGGCCAGUCUGGACAUGAAGCUCAUCUUCCUGGACUCCAGGGUAGCUGAGCUGACAGGUUAUGAGCCGCAGGACCUCAUAGAGAAAACGCUGUACCAUCAUGUCCACAGCUGUGACAUCUUCCACCUCCGCUGUGCACACCACCUCUUGCUGGUAAAAGGCCAAGUCACCACUAAGUAUUAUCGUUUCCUGGCCAAGCACGGCGGCUGGGUCUGGGUCCAGAGCUACGCCACCAUCGUCCACAACAGCCGAUCGUCGAGGCCUCACUGCAUCGUCAGCGUCAACUACGUCCUCACGGACACCGAGUAUAAGGGAAUGCAGCUGUCCUUGGACCAGAUGAGCCCCACCAAGCCGGCCUUCCCCUACGCCGACAGUCACACCGAGGAGAGGAAGAGCACCAAGUCCCGUCUGACCCAGUCGAAGGCCAAAGCCAGAGUGUCGCCCUAUCCACAGCAGUUUUCAGCUUUCAAUCCCGAGCGUUCAGAGUCUGACCAAGACAGCCAAUGGGGAGGGAGUCCGCUGACAGACUCUGCCUCUCCUCAGCUGUUGGAUCCCAGCGAGGCGGCGGAGGCGUCUUGCGCCUACCGGCUGUAUCCGGACUCGGGCUCCCUGUGCUACGGCCUGGGUCUGUCGGAGGACGAUCUCGCUCACGCCCAGACGCAUCCUCACGCCACCACCUGUGACCGAGUCCGAUGCCAGAGCGGCCGCUACUUCCUGGGAACCCCCCAGUCGGGAAGGGAGAUGUGGUGGGACACCACACGGUCGGUGCUGUCGCUGCCAAAAUUCUCCGUGGAGAACAGCGAGGGCUACGAAAUCACAUCCUACCAUGGCGCCAUUCACGGACGAGGCCAUUGGGAUGAAGACAGUGUGGUGAGUUCACCUGACGGAGGCGGGUCCACCAGUGAUUCAGGUGAGCGUUACCACGGCGACCAGUUCCAGUCAAGCCCUCGAGAGCCCAGCAAGAUGGAGACCCUGAUCCGCGCCACGCAGCAGAUGAUCAAAGAGGAAGAGAGCCGCCUGCAGCAGCACAAGGCGCCGCUGGACGUCUCGGGUCUCGCCAAAACCCACAGCCCGUGCUUCACCUCCUCCCUGCCCCACCACUCCCAGCUCACCAUGCCCAGCGUGGUGUGCCGCGGCCCCGGCGCCCCCAGCAUCGACCUCCCCUCCGAGCGCCUCCAUCACCGGGACAGCGUCAAAGCGCUCGGCCCCCACGACAACGACGAAAACACAACCAGUCCCGCGUCCUUGUCUCGUCUCAGCAGCCCCAGCUCCGACGGGAUCCCCAGGUCGGGCCUCUCCCUCACCAAAGACUACAUGCAGACGGACCUGUCCCCCCACCCCCCACAGCCCCAGGGGAGCCCGCUGCUCUAUCCAGCCCAGGAGAGGCAGCCGCUGGACAGGCAAGCGGCCUACGCGUUGACCGGGUAUUCGCUGGAGCACCUGUACGACCCGGAGAACUUGCGGAGUUACUCUGGCCUGGCCUGCGGAGGCGUCCAGUACGACGUGGCGUCUCAUGUGAGAAUGCAGGCCGAGCAAAUACAGGGACACAAGGCCACCUCAGUCAUCAUAACCAACGGCAGCUGA